UUAUCUGAAGACAACUUUCUUGCUAAUAAAGAUAAAGAAUAUCAACAAAUGUAUUCUUUCAAAUACUGUCAAGGCAUAUUACUCAAUUUACUGGUAGAAAUAAAUUUUGGGCUUCAUUUUACUCUUGCAGUAAGAAGUAACUGUGAUGAGACCAAUGAAAAUUAUUGCGAGAAUGGUGGAACAUGCGUUAGCAUUGAUGAUGGUGAUUACGAAUGCAUAUGUUUGAACGGCUACGUGGGAAAAAAUUGUUCCCAAAAUACAAACGAUUGUUUAGAAAAUUUGUGCGCAGCUGGAAGUACUUGCAUUGAUGGCAUGUCCAAAUACACUUGCGUUUGUCCACCAGGCAAAAUGGAAAAAAUAUAUUGCACUGUGAGAAUAAAACACUGGUCAUUAUUGUUUAUUUCAGGUUUGUUUUGUCAUUUAGAUGACCCUUGCAUAGAUCAGCCUUGUAGAAGUGGAGCUGAGUGUGUAGCAGAUACCGCUAAUGGCGAUUUCUCUUGUAACUGUAUGAAAGGUACUAAAGGUCAAGAUUGUGCAACGGACAUAAACGAGUGUGAAGAGUCGGAUAACUUAUGCUUUAAUGGUGGAAUAUGUGUAAAUACUUUUGGUUCGUGGUAUUGUGAUUGUCCUCUUGGCUAUAGUGAUCCAUACUGCAUGACACAUUCUAGUAAAUGUGAACCGAAUCCUUGUCUGAAUGGUGCAUCAUGUCUUGAUUACGCUAGUUAUUAUGAAUGUAUCUGUCAAGAUGGAUACUAUGGAAAGAAUUGUGAGAAGAAUUGUCCUACAGGAGUCAAAGGUCGAGUGUGUAAGCAGCAUCGAAUUUCAUUGAAUAACAACUAUCUAGAAGAAUUAUUCGAAGAGCAAAUCUGCACACUUCAAAAUUGUUCAGCAAAAGCUGGCAAUGCAAUAUGUGAUUCAGAAUGCAACUAUCCAAAGUGUCAUUAUGAUGGUUACGAUUGCAGUGCUCACGUAGAACCGUUUCGUCACUGUCCACUUCCAAGAUUUUGUGCUCGAGUAUUUAAAGAUAAUAAGUGUGAUCCGGUUUGCAAUAGUAUGGAAUGUUUAUGGGAUGGAUUUGAUUGUGAUACAAAGAGCAGUUUAUGUGUGUCGGAAGAAUAUUGCUCAAUUCGAUUCAAUGACGGCUACUGUGAUCGAGAAUGCUUUUCUCCAGAGUGCUACUACGAUGGCUUUGAUUGCACACAACAAAUAGAAUAUAAUAGGUUAGAAGGCAAUUUGAUAUUAACGAUUUUGAUUAAGCCUGAAGAAUUUUCAAAGCGUGCAUCUGUCUUGCAGUUCACUUUGAGCCUUAGCUUACAGGCAAGAGUCACUAUUGCUGUUGAUGAGGAAAAUCAACAACGGUUAUAUCUAUCGAAGAUUGAAAGCAAAGGAAGUACUUUAUAUGGUACAAGAUUAUACUUAAAUGUCGAUACAAAGCAGUGUCAAAGCAAAGAACAUUGUGAAAGCAAAAUAACUGAUAUGGAGAAAGUUACUAAUUUUAUAGGUGCAUUGAGCUCGAAAAAGAUGUUUCAUCGUAUUGAUGCACCAAUUUAUGCUGCUGAAACUGAUCCUAAAUUCAAGAGCAAGAGUUGGAGAAAAUGGAUACUUUAUAUAUUGUCUGCUUUAGUCUCACAGAUUUUUAUGGCCUUUGUAUUACUUUCAUUACAUAAAAAUUUUAAAAAAAAUGCUACCAAAAAAAAACAAAGAACAGUUCAUGUAACUGGAACUUGGUAUCCGCCUACUUUAGAUACUUAUUGUUCUCAGAAUCUGUUCACUCCAAAACUCCAAAUUAAUUCAAAUGGCAUUUCGGAAACUGAAAAAAAUCAGCAGACGGAGAAUUUCAUUGAAAUUAGCGUAAAAUCACUUGAACCAGAGGCGCCGAGUGAAAGACGAUGGACUACACUUCAUGAUCAGGCCAUGGACUACUUUCCCAUCACUUUUCCGGUAAAUAAAUCACUAUUAAGUAUUAAAACGACUGAGGGAAGAACAGCUAUGAUGCUAACAGCUUUAAAUCAGAUGAAAUCUGAAGAAGUUAGUUGUUCUGAUGUGGAAAAUUUAUUCUUGUCUGGUGCGCUUAUCGAUGAAGAGGACGAUUAUGGCCAAACUGCGCUAAUUUUGGCAAUUAAGGCUGGACGUGCUGAAGUCGUAAAAUGUCUUUUACGCCUUGGUGCACACGUGACAGAUGUAGAUGAUUAUAAUCGAACUACACUCCACCACGCUGCUUCGAUCAAUGCUUCUGAUAUUCUUCGUCUGUUGCUUGAAGCACAAGAAAUUGAGGUUUAUUUUGUAGAUGCAAUUGAUGAUUCGGACUGCAGUCCAUUAAUGACAAUCGCAAAACUUGGCUAUCGAAAUCCUGAAGCUGCUGCUUUGUUAAUUGACGCUGGAGCAGAUAUUAACUGCGCUGGUAAUCAUAUUAAUGGUGAAAAGUAUAUUGGUAGAACAGCGCUUCAUUAUGCUGCAAUGCAAAGUAAUCAAGAGUUAGCUCGGUACUUGGUAGAACGAGGCGCUAAUUUAAAUAUUCAAGAUCAAAUGGGACAAACUCCGCUAUUUUUGGCUGCAUCUCAAGGCCACGUUGAAAUCGUACAUCUUUUGGUGAUGGCAGGUGCUCGACGAUGCAUUCCGGAUAACAUGGAUCAAACUCCGGAGGCUAUUGCUGCUCAUAAGGAGUACAAAGAAGUUGUUGAUUAUUUUGUUAGUCUUCGGGCACUAAAAAAUGAUUCAAGUUCAAGCAGUCAUCAAACCUCAAAUUCUACUACACCCGAAGAUCCUGAAAAAGUAGGAGAUUUUUAA